ACGUGCGCCCGCGUGAAGAAACAUAACAGUCGGGUAAGCAUAGAGAGAGACAAACAGACAGAUAAAUAGAGCGGGUAAUAGGCCGCUAGUGAGUGGCGGUACCGCAUCAAUUAGCAAAGUACAGUACGCUAAUUACAAACAGCAGCACCGCUAGUGCUAGGCGCAGCUGUAAAGGCGUUCUGCGAAUGGAAGCACCUAUAGGCGCCAAGCCACUUUAACCACCGCAGCCAUCAUCCAGGGUACCAGGUGGUGACCACUGCGUGCGAGAACAAAUGAAGUGUGUAUCUCUCUGUCCGAAAGAGAAGUCUGCAUGCCUACCUGCUGCUGCAGCUGCUGCCGUUGUUGGGUAAUUGCAAUAACUAUGCAAGUCAUGUCAACGUCACUGACAGCCCUUCGGCAACAGUUGUCGUUCCCUAGGCUUGUCAAUUCGCAGUGAGAGAUACCAGACGCCGCCGAUUUGCAGUGUUAAUCGAGAAAAACAAGUCAUCCGGGUUGUGAGAAGACACGUUUAGAUAAGACAGGUCUUUUCCAUGGGCUUUGAUCUCUCAAUCAGUUAUGGUUGAUUAGAUGACUCGGUAGUUACUGAUCAAAAAGGGAGUGUAAGGAAAAAAGGAGGUAAAAGUGACUUACGGGCAGUGAAUCGAACUAAGUGACGCUGAAAUGAGGACAUUUGUCCUACCCUUUUUAGGGGUAGGCUUCAUUCUGACGGUAGUCGAAGGAGAUUUACCUUCGGUAAGAAUAACAUGCAGUGACCACGAACACGGUGUAGACCCACCUUUGUUUGUGCAGACGGUCCUGAACGAGGUCCAUUUCAGAUGUGCAAGCGGUUUCGAAUUGGUGGGUCAGAGAAUUAGCACGUGUGUCUCCACGGGCUGGGAUCAUGAGCUUCCAAGCUGUCGUGAGCUGCCAAAAACAACGCUCAAAAUGAAGUGCCCCUACGACCAUAGAACAUGGUCUCUGGAAAAUUUAGACAAUAUCGCCAGUUGGAUCUCGAAUAAUGAGGAUAAUGUACUUAUCUUGGAUCGCAAAUUCACCGAUGGAACCAUCCAAUCUCAAAGGCUAGCAUCAGCAAUGCUAGAACGGAUGAACGACCCAUUCUACCGUUUCUUCGGCAAAAUGGCCACCUACGACAAGGCCAUUUUGGACAGAGAAGGCGUUGUUCGAAGAUUCAAGGAUAGUGCAGAGUUCCGACGACUGGCAAAGAAAAUGCGGGAGAAUGACCCAAAUUUCGAUCAGGAAAUGCCUCUUGACGCCGACGAAGACGAUGAGGUUCUAAAAAGGUACUACGGGUUGCAUUAUCUCGAUGUGCUUUCCGAUCGCAUUUUGCCAUAUGCUGAGAGUGUCAGUGCAUUAGCGACGGUCAGACCUUUUCUUUCCGAAGUCGAGAAGGAAGUCACGGCCGAUACCGCACCUUCCGCGCUAAACGUCGAAGAAACUAGCCACCCAGAAUCGAACAUCAGUGAAACAAAUGAUGAGGCGGCCUUUUACGAGAUGGUAGCUAACGAUGUGAUACAGGACAUUUUGAUUCAACAAAAGAAGGAAGAAAUCGAGCCGCAAGUUAAGGAGUCAGCACAGAGCAGCUAUGAGUCUCAAACAGACUUAGAUAAAUCGGACGACCUAAUCGAACCGGAUGACUUAGACAAAAGCAAAGACUCGGCCGAAAAGGUAGACAUUGGCGGACCGGAAGAGGAGCACAAGGAAGAGGAACCCAGUUCUCGAAAAAAGAAACGAGAACGUGGUGAAUCUGAACUACUCUUACCAACGCGUAGCAGAUUUAAGGAUUAUUUUGACAGAGAUUUAACUCAAGUACUUGAUGGCACAAAAGCCGAGCUUCAGGAGGUGAAUUUGCGCAACUCGUAUUUCUCGCAUUUGGUCACGGUAAUCAAACACAUUAUUAAAUUCAACAUUCCCAAACGUGACUGGCCGGAGUUCCUUCAGCGCUUCGAAUACCAGCAACUGACCGCCUUCUUGGAGAGGAAUGGUGACAGAAUCGAUACUCCGCCUGCAUUCUUAUCGUGUCCAAAGCCGUGGGACAUUGGUUUUGAGAUGAUUCGUCACGGAAGGCCUGUCCUCGACAGAACUGGUCAGAGGAUCACAAUCGAAUGCGAUGCUGGCUAUAUUCUCCGUGGGCCUGCUGACAUAUAUUGUGAAGGCGGGAAGUGGAUCACAAGAAAGAACCGAAUGCCGAUUUGUGAGGACGCCAGGGGCCCUACGCCAGUCUUUGACUGCGAAGACCCUUCGCCGAACUUCAUUCGUAAUGGGCGACUUAUCCAGAGGCCGGGCUUGCCUACGGGUAGGAUACUAAUCAAAUGCAAUCCUGGUUACACACUCAAAGGUGACUCGCAGAUGCUCUGUGACCGUGGGCGGUGGAUCCCGAUCGCUGGGCGAAUGCCAACCUGUGAAAAUGAUCCUAAACUUGUUGACCCGUGCAUGGAUAAUCCUCCCAAUGCUCCAGUUCAUGGGGCCGUCACUGAGCCACAUCGGCUAACAAAUCAAGACAGGACGGUCGUUGUACGCUUUAUGUGCAAUGAAGGCUUCGGCCUGCAUGGCAUUGAUUAUUCGAAGUGUGAAUCCGGAACUUGGUCACCACUCGCUCCCGUCUGCGUGGCGGACGGCAAAAACGAGAUACCCCACAACGACCAAAUGCCACAAGCGCCUUCGCGUUGCCCCAGCCUCAGAAUACCCGGGGGUCGUGUUCACUAUUACGAGGAGGCUAUGCCCAACUACGCUCGUCUCACGUGUGCACCCGGUUACAGGCUGAACGGCCACAUGAAGAUUAUAUGCACAGAGGGCGGUGCGUGGUCACAACCGCUGCCAAGUUGUAUCAGUUCGGAGAAUGAUCUUGAACAUCUAACUACUUGCAAACCUAUUCACGCACCGCCAAACGUCGAAGUCGACUAUAUUACGGCCACAGCAGUACGUUUCCGGUGUCGUCCGGGCUACCGGAUAGUAGGCAAAUAUCAAACAACAUGCUAUCGAGGUCGAUGGCUUGAUGAAGCUCCGCGAUGUCUCGCUGACGUGAUUGGAGGUUGCAACAUCGAAGAACCCGUUCUCGGCCAGAAUAUGGUCGUGUUCGCAUACAGCGAUGGCCGAUGGUUCAGCUGCGAUGAUGGCUUCGAAAUGGUCGGAAAUUUAAGCGUGCAACUGUGUCGUGACGGUCGCUGGGAUGCCGAACCUGUCUGCGUUGCAUCGCCCGGCUCAUUACCUCAUGACUCAAAACCUUCAAGAAUUUUUCCAACCCCGCACUGCCCGUUGCCACCCCGAGCUGAUGGUGUCAUUAUGAUCCCGCGGAACGACAAGGUUUACUAUCGUUGUCAGCCCGGAGAACAACUCGUAGGAAGAGAUUUUACUGAGUGCGUCGGCGGCAGAUGGCUUAACCCACAAGCACCCCAAUGUUUUCGGAUUACGCCUCAAACGUCGAUGAUUCCGCCCACCCAACGAUCAACUUAUGCCCCGUUCCGUCGUUGCACUCCUCAGCAUAUUCGUGGAGGCGACGCUUAUCUGUAUAGCCAAGGACGCGUCAUUUAUUACCAAUGUUAUGCAGACUACAUUAUUCGCGGUGCGAGUAUGUUGCAAUGUGAAAAUUCCCGUUGGAGCCAACCUGAACCACUAUGUGCGCCGCCAGAUGGUCUCAAGUGGCCCUCGAUGAAUGGCGAAAUCAUUUAUGAAAGUGAGAAUUGCACGGCGCCCACUACUGUCGCCAAUUCGCAUAUGACGGUACGCGACCGUGGGCGCCGAAUUACCUAUACUUGCCAACAUCACCUACACUCAGAGACUGAACGAGUUUGUCCAGCUCAUACAAACAUGUGGACCGGGCCUCUGCCCGAUUGUAGUUUGAAAGGCGUCUGCGAGCCACAGGAAAUAGAAAACGGCCGUUUCUACCAGUAUAGUGACGAUGUCGGUUAUAUCCAGUGCAACCACGGUUUCGUCAUUGAGAACGCCUCGAAUGAACAGCGUAAUCAGCAGACGUACUGCCGACAGGAUAUCGGCGUGUGGGACUUCGGUGUUCGACCGCCGCGUUGUGUGCCCGACCAAAGAGUUGAUACUAGGCCAGACCCAACGUUUAUAGAGAGCCAACUGGGCGACCCCAGCAAUACUCGUUUCCAAAUUGACGAAUGUCCACCGCCUCAGGUUUCGUCCAAAUACACGUGGUACAUUCAGGGCCCAGGUAAAGUGAUCACUCUGGGCUGCAAGAGCCGGACAAGCAAACGGUCUGUCGGGGCCCUGAUAUGUGAAGGUGAUAAAUGGUUACAUAAUGUCGGGGCAUCUGCGUGUAACGGCCAGGACGUCCCUGCUGCCUGUUCAAUGGGAGGUCGCGUUAUUGAGAAUGGCGGGUUCUUUGUCUACGAUGAAAACCAUUACGUAUUCCAAUGUAAUAUAGGUUUCAACCUCGAAGGCUCAUCGAUGGCUGUCUGUCCGGGCUACCGGCCAACUUAUCCAAAGGCCAUAUUUGUAUUGAAUGACGAUUUUGUCCUGCCGCGAUGCGUACCGACUUCCACCGAUUCUCGUAGAGAUCUCUGGGAAAGUACUGUUGAUGGUUUGGAUCCGCAUUUUGAGGGUCGCCAGUGUCAUUGGCCUAAACAACUGGCCAAUGCGAAGUCGACUGAGUAUUUCAUAAUGGAGGGUGGCCGACGCGUCGCGUUCCGCUGCUCUGGUUCUAAGAACUCUGUGAGGUGCGAAAAUGGCCAAUGGAGAGGCGACGACCUGUCGUGUCUUGAGCGGCAGUACCAACAGAUCGGAUGUGAUGAUCGACUCCCUAACGAACCUCUACAAGGCACAUACUUUCAGUAUCAGGAUGGUCAAAGCACAACCCGAAUGUUCUACUUCCAGUGUAAUACAGGAUACAUCCUACGGGGCCAGGCUAUAUUGCCUUGCAGCGAUUCGACUACGCCGCGAGGAAGGGAGCCCGAUUGUGUCCUGGAUCCGGAUCCUUUCUCAUCUGCUCUUGUAAAGGUAAAAAAUCCUCAACCGUUCACCGUUAUACAGUGUGGGGUACCACCACACCGAAUAGAAGGCGGACACAUCGUCGUACAGGACUCAGGUGAACGAGUCCUAAUCCACUGUCGACCCGGCUACGUUAUCGAGGGUCACCCGGUGUCUUCAAUGGCCGUAAGCUGUUCUCGGCUUAACGAACGUUGGUCAGCUAAUUGGCCUAAAUGUGUCCAGCGCGGGGAAUGGAUGUCCAUGGCGCGAUAUGAUCCGUUCGGGAGACCACUACCACAGGCUCUCACCGGUGAAAAAGCAGCGAAUCAGAAUCAAAGGCUUCGAGAACAGUUCCUUGGCCACGUUCAGCAGAUGCGUGACUAUCGUCUUCGAAAUUUGCAAACCUUAAAUAGCCAAGGAAUGCAGGCGGGUCCGCUGCCACCGUUACGUCUGCCAGUGUUACCAGGCCUUCCUUCUGAAAUCACAGAGACCUUAGGACGAGACUAUCCGGGUUUGUAUGAACAGGCCCAAUUAACGCUAGACAGGACCAGCCGCCGAAGGGAUCGACGUAAGAUUCAUAAUGACGAAUUAGAUGCAGCGGAUCCACCUAUCAAGAUUCCCGAGUCACUGAAACAGUUCGAAAAAGAUAUAGUAGAAAACAGAUUAUCGCAACAGGACGUCGACACACUUGAAUGGUUGCCGGACACCAAACUAAGGCUUAAAUUUAUCGAAGACCGCCGCAUAGGGAACCACAAGUCGAAGGAUGAUCCUAUUCAGAGCCAGAAGUUCCUUUCGCAAGUACUGAGCACUAAACCUAACAGUACACUCCUUACGGACAGCUUAGCUGAGGAUGUUGAAACCUUACCUUUAACCUUGCCGUUCAAGGCAGUUGCUUCUGCUCCCAGACCGAUAAAGUUCACGGCCACUGAGGAUGGGCACAAACCGGUUAACAAAACCCAAGAAGCCGAAUCGUCGGCAUCUUUCACAGGAUAUUCAAACGAAUUCACUCCAAGCACUGCCGAAACCGAUCUCGUGAAAUCAACAACUCCCACUUCGAAGGAAGUGUCUGAUAAAAAUAUCGCAGCAGAAAUUUCGGACCCAAUGAAAUGGACGAUGGAUCUUAUGGGCGGAGAAAAUGCCAUAAAUGUAAUAGAACAAUAUUUGGAUGCCAGAAACAAUGAUUUGGGUAACAAGUCGGAAAAUACUAGCAAUGGAACUAUAGCAACAGAUGGAGUCGUUGAAGAUAACAUGGAUAACGAACUAACGAUAAGGCCCGUCAAAGAAAUGAAAGAAUCCAAAAUUAAGUCGGACAAAAAGGCAAAGAAAGGAUACGACACUUCAUGCGCUCUCUUAGAUAACAAAGCCCCGGACAUCGAGAAUGGGUUCAUUCUCAGCUACGAGUUAAUUAAUGGAACAGAUAGUCAAAUGCUUCGCGUUACGUACAGAUGCGAUCCAGAGUAUAGGUUUAGGUACGACCACACCUCAUCGUUGCUUUGUCGACUUGGUCAAUGGAGGGGCGAUGUGCCAGAAUGCAUCCCGGACGAGGACGACAACGACGGACAGGAAGAAGACUAGACAGCAGGACAAACAUCAGCACUAACCAUGAUGUGAAUUCUUUUUCAUUUAUCAAUUCAGUUACUCUGUGUUCCAGCUCUGCAAUUGCUAGCUUAAAAUCAACGCGUCACAGAAGAUAAACGCGACCGACGCCGGUCAGGACGGGAUCGUGUCGCAAUGAAAUUUUAAAUCAGUGUCUAAAAUCGCUAGAAUUAGCCCCAUAACGACACCUUUCUUCGAAUCUCUUAAGUAAAAUUCGUAGAAUAUACGAAAAAAAAUUCAAUACGGCAAAAGCCCAGCUAAAAUAUUCAGCAAUUUUUAACCAUUCUUUGAUCCAUUACGGCUUUCAAGCCCCAAGCUUACCCUGUACAACAAUAUUACGAUCAUGCUUACUAGAUGUAGUAGUAGUAGUAGUUGUAGCAGUAUUAUAUUGCUUUUUUUUAUUUUAGAUGUUUCAUGAGUAGCUAUAAAAGUGGUGUCAAAAUUGUGUGUGAACUCCGCUCAUGAAUAGAAACCAAAGGAAAAGAUUUCGAUGUUUGUUAUACAUCCAUUGUUGCUACGCAACGUACCCGAAGCCGAUUUAAUAUGUGUUCGUAUAUACAGACAUAAUCAUGAGAGCAAGGCUCAUUUAGUUGAAAAGCAUCCUCAUAUGGUCGAAACGCUUCGACUAGAAGGGGAGCGACGAUUUUUAUAAUAAUUUUAUUAUUAUUAUUGAUUUUAUAUGUUGCAUGCAAGGCAACGAACUUAUAUAAUAUAUUGUUGAAACUAGCAUUAUGAAGGAGUUGCAACCAAUUUAUACAUAUAUACCGCCAUAAUACUAACACAAGACUGCCAAAGUGUCCGACCUCGCAUUUGCCAUGACGUGGUUCUAGGUCGUGACCAUAUCUGAGGAGCCAAACAGGAAAAUCCAUAGAAUUCGUUCACAGCGUUUCAUUGUCCGUCCUCGACUUAAGCUACAGUAAUUUGAAGUGAAUUUCUACAUAUCACAAUUGUUGUCUCCUUUCGAUCGAUGGAUCAACAAACGUAAUCGUAUACGGCACGACACCUCUGAUACGACCAUGAUCUUACGUUACAUAUAUAUAAAAUCGGUGGUCUUUAUUAGACAAAACCACCGCAAGCUUUACGCUGAGGUGUGAUGUUAUCUAGUGGACAAAUGGGUCAAAAAAAAACAAGUAAGCGAGCGCAUCAUCGUACAAUAAUUAGCCAUUAAUGGCGAAACAUGUGAAACCUGACGUUACAAUAAACUUUCAAU